UCCUUGGCAUGGUCAUGGAAUGGAUACCUGUUUGAUCUUCCUGCACUGCCGGGAAAUCUUCCUUUUGGGGGAGAGGAUUAAAUGUGGGUUGAGGUAGGCAACCUAUUGAGACCUGGUGAAAGAUCAAGUAUAAUAAUGUUCUUCAGUGAAAACAAAUCGCGUGAAGCAGAACGGAUAGUGAAAGCCAAUGACCGUGAAUAUAAUGAAAAGUUCCAGUAUGCGGAUAAUCGUAUCCACACAUCGAAAUAUAAUAUUCUCACCUUCUUGCCAAUUAAUUUAUUUGAACAGUUCCAAAGAGUGGCAAAUGCCUAUUUUCUUUGCCUUCUGAUUUUACAGCUAAUUCCAGAAAUUUCCUCCUUGACCUGGUUUACCACCAUUGUGCCUUUGGUCCUGGUGAUAACUAUGACAGCUGUCAAAGAUGCCACAGACGACUAUUUUCGCCACAAGAGUGAUAAUCAAGUGAAUAAUCGGCAGUCUGAAGUGCUCAUCAACAGCAAUUGCUGAGGGUACAAAGCUGAGGGUCUAAUGACAGGAAGUACUCGGGUAAUUGUAAGGAAGAAGAUUUAUCCUGGUCCUGAGAAAAAUACUACAGAAUGAAAAAUGGAUGAAUGUCAAAGUGGGAGACAUCAUUAAAUUAGAAAAUAACCAAUUUGUUGCUGCUGAUUUACUUCUCCUAUCAAGUAGUGAGCCACAUGGUCUCUGUUAUGUUGAAACUGCUGAGCUUGAUGGGGAAACGAACCUAAAAGUCCGCCAUGCACUAUCAGUUACUUCAGAACUUGGAGCAGAUAUCAGCAAACUUGCAAGAUUUGAUGGGAUUGUUGUCUGUGAGGUGCCUAACAACAAGUUAGAUAAAUUCAUGGGAAUCCUUUCUUGGAAAGACAGCAAGCACUCCCUCAACAAUGAGAAGAUAAUCCUGAGAGGCUGCAUCCUGAGAAAUACCAGCUGGUGUUUUGGAAUGGUUAUUUUUGCAGGUCCUGACACUAAACUAAUGCAGAAUAGUGGUAAGACAAAGUUUAAAAGGACAAGCAUUGAUAGAUUGAUGAAUACUCUAGUACUAUGGAUUUUUGGGUUUCUGAUAUGCUUGGGAAUUAUUCUUGCAAUAGGAAAUUCAAUCUGGGAGAGUCAAACUGGGGACCAAUUCAGAACUUUCCUCUUUUGGAAUGAAGGAGAGAAGAGCUCUGUGUUCUCCGGAUUCUUAACAUUCUGGUCAUAUAUUAUUAUUCUCAAUACAGUUGUACCCAUUUCCUUAUAUGUGAGUGUGGAAGUAAUUCGUCUAGGACACAGUUAUUUUAUAAACUGGGACCGGAAGAUGUAUUAUUCUCGAAAAGCAAUACCUGCAGAGGCUCGAACGACCACGCUCAAUGAGGAACUGGGGCAGAUUGAGUACAUUUUCUCCGACAAAACGGGUACCCUCACUCAAAACAUCAUGACCUUUAAAAGAUGUUCCAUUAAUGGGAGAAUCUAUGGUGAAGUACAUGAUGACCUGGAUCAGAAGACAGAAAUAACUCAGGAAAAAGAGCCUGUGGAUUUCUCAGUCAAAUCUCAAGCGGAUAGAGAACUUCAGUUCUUUGACCACAAUCUGAUGGAAUCCAUUAAAAUGGGUGAUCCCAAAGUUCAUGAAUUCCUUAGGUUACUUGCUCUCUGCCACACUGUAAUGUCAGAAGAGAAUAGUGCAGUUCGAAACCCAGAAGGACAGAUAAAGCUUUAUUCCAAAGGAGCAGAUACUAUUCUGUUUGAAAAACUUCAUCCUUCCAAUGAAGUCCUUUUGUCUUUGACGUCAGACCACCUCAGUGAAUUUGCAGGGGAAGGCCUUCGGACCUUGGCCAUCGCAUACAGAGACCUGGAUGACAAGUACUUUAAAGAGUGGCAUAAGAUGCUUGAAGAUGCAAAUGCUGCCACAGAAGAGAGGGAUGAACGAAUAGCUGGGCUAUAUGAAGAAAUUGAAAGAGAUUUGAUGCUACUAGGUGCCACUGCUGUAGAAGAUAAGUUACAGGAGGGUGUUAUUGAAACAGUUACAAGUUUAUCACUAGCCAAUAUUAAGAUCUGGGUCCUAACAGGAGACAAACAAGAAACUGCCAUCAACAUCGGUUAUGCCUGCAACAUGCUGACUGAUGACAUGAAUGAUAUGUUUGUGAUAGCAGGGAAUAAUGCUGUGGAAGUGAGAGAAGAACUCAGGAAAGCAAAACAAAAUUUGUUUGGACAAAACAGAAAUUUUUCCAAUGGCCAUGUAGUUUGUGAAAAAAAGCAGCAGCUGGAGUUGGAUUCUAUUGUAGAAGAAACCAUAACAGGAGAUUAUGCCUUAAUCAUAAAUGGCCACAGUUUGGCUCAUGCCCUAGAAAGUGAUGUCAAGAAUGAUCUCCUAGAACUUGCUUGCAUGUGUAAGACUGUAGUUUGCUGCAGGGUCACUCCACUCCAGAAAGCCCAAGUGGUAGAGCUGGUGAAGAAGUACAGAAAUGCUGUUACUUUGGCCAUUGGUGAUGGAGCCAAUGAUGUCAGCAUGAUUAAAAGUGCUCACAUUGGUGUUGGCAUCAGCGGCCAGGAGGGAUUGCAAGCAGUCUUAGCCAGCGACUAUUCAUUUGCACAGUUUAGAUAUCUCCAAAGGCUUCUCCUUGUUCAUGGAAGGUGGUCUUAUUUCCGAAUGUGCAAAUUCUUAUGCUAUUUCUUCUAUAAGAAUUUUGCAUUUACACUUGUGCAUUUCUGGUUUGGUUUCUUCUGUGGUUUCUCAGCCCAGACUGUUUAUGAUCAGUGGUUCAUCACCCUUUUUAACAUUGUUUACACAUCACUGCCUGUUUUAGCCAUGGGGAUUUUUGACCAGGAUGUGAGUGACCGGAACAGCAUGGACUGUCCCCAGCUCUACGAACCGGGACAGCUGAAUCUGCUUUUUAACAAGCGUAAAUUUUUCAUUUGCGUGUUGCAUGGAAUCUACACCUCAUUAGUCCUUUUCUUCAUUCCCUAUGGGGCCUUUUACAACGUGGCUGGAGAAGAUGGGCAACAUAUUGCUGACUACCAGUCCUUUGCAGUUACCAUGGCCACAUCUUUGGUCAUUGUGGUCAGUGUGCAGAUAGCCUUGGAUACCAGUUACUGGACUUUCAUUAAUCACGUCUUCAUCUGGGGGAGCAUUGCCAUUUAUUUCUCCAUUUUAUUUACAAUGCACAGUAAUGGCAUCUUUGGCAUCUUCCCAAACCAGUUUCCAUUUGUUGGUAAUGCACGACAUUCCCUGACCCAGAAGUGCAUCUGGCUUGUAAUUCUCUUAACAACAGUGGCUUCGGUUAUGCCAGUGGUGGCAUUCAGAUUUUUGAAGGUGGAUUUAUACCCAACCCUGAGUGAUCAGAUCCGCCGGUGGCAGAAGGCUCAAAAGAAGGCAAGGCCUCCAAGUAGCCGAAGGCCUCGGACCCGCAGGUCAAGCUCAAGAAGGUCUGGAUAUGCUUUUGCUCACCAAGAGGGCUAUGGAGAGCUUAUCACAUCUGGAAAAAAUAUGCGAGCUAAAAAUCCACCCCCAACAUCAGGGCUGGAAAAGACACAUUAUAAUAGCACUAGCUGGAUUGAAAAUUUAUGUAAGAAAACCACAGACACAGUGAGCAGCUUUAGCCAGGAUAAAACAGUGAAACUGUGAGUCAAUAUGAAUUUAAACCACACAGUUAUCUUUUCACUUCAGGUGGAGCUGAAAUUCUGCUGGCUCCAGAGUUUGAGAUUUGAGGCAAGAGGUGGGGCAGGCAGAUUGCCUCACUUAACUGAAAUCUGUGGCAGAUAACUGCCAGUGCCCAUCAAACAGGAGUGUGCGCUAUGGAAAACCAGGCCAGAGGGUCACUGUCUAGUUUGUGAUUUGGUGGAUAAAACACUCACUGUUACAAGUACAGAUUUUUUUUUUUUUUUAAUCAACCUAGAUACCAAUUGACCUGAACUUUAGAAUCUUAUUUAUGGAGAAAAACUUUUGUAAGCUGCAUAUUCACUGAAUGGAUCCUCAGGUGGAUAAAAGGGUGCAUUUUAAAGGUAUAUAUCCAAGCUGAAAAGCAUGCCUAUUGACAGAUAAACAUGUAUCUGUGAGAUCAGCCUUUCCCAAGGUAUACUUUUAAAAUUUAAAGAAGUGUGUACUAUGUUGCUUUCAGACUGAGUUGCAUGUCACUCUUUAGUCUUGAUAUCUACCUGUCUGUUCAGCCAGGACAACAAAUGGCUUUCAUGCCUGAAGAAUACAAAAGUGUGCUUGUGUUUCUCAUUUUUAUACCAGUCUAGGGACAAAGGAGACUGAACAUCUUUGCAGCAGGAUAGGCUGGUAAUUUGAUCAAAUUUAUUCAAAAAGCUCUCAGUCUGUGUCAUGUAAGGACAUGCUUAUGAAAUGUCAGAGAGGCUCGCCACUAAGUAUUCUAAAUACUUUCCAAUGGCUUCUCUAACAACCUCAGUAGUAAUUUGCUGAGCAUCAUCCAGACCAUUAAUGGAAUCAGCAAAGCAUUGGAAUGUCACACUUUUAUGAUAAUAUUCCAUAUAGUCUAUGGGCAAAUAUUUUCAACAUUUCCAAUUUUUAAAGCUUCAGAAUUGAAGCAAACAAAUUAAUAAAUGUUUUAAUUAGUAUUUAAAAACUCAGGUUUAGAUCGUUUAAAGUUAGUUGCUUUUGAUACUCAGCUGUCAUGUUUAUAAUUCAAACAUGUAGUAAACAUAUGUAGGUAAGGUGGUUUUUUUGGAGAUGUUGCAGCUCAAAUUUUCAGUCCACAUGUGAAUCAUCAGUGUAUUUUCCGUAAAGUGAUUCGGGCAUAUUUGUGUGAAAACCUCAGUUCUGUCACUUCUUACCUCUAUAAACUUGGACGAUAAUGUGCCUUCUGAGACUCAGUUUCUUCCUCUGUAAAAUGAGGACAUACUACCUACCUCAUGUGGUUGGUUGAUGAUUGUCAAAGCACAAACUCUGAAAUUAUUAAAAACAUAAUUAUUUCAUAAACAGAUGAGUUAAGUUCCAGUUAACUCAACAUCAGUAUAACAGAGCAAUUGGAAGAGAAUAUGAAAAAAACUGGAAUUUAAAUAGUCAGUGGGGAAGGCUUUGAUAAAAUGAAAUUGCCAGAAAGAUAUAAAACUGGUUAAGGUCCUACAGGGAAAUAAAAUUAUAACUGUGGAGGUACAUUUCUGUACCAGAAAGCAAAAAUAAAGCAUCAUGUCUUAAUAGUUUUCUACAAAUCAACUUCUGAUUCUACAGAGUCCUUAAUCUGGUCCCUAUUAAAUUCUUGGUCAGACAAAGUUACAUUUCCCAAGAGAGUCAAGUGACACUUGAGUGAGUGAGUUCGAUGGAUAAUGAGCUAAUGUGAUAUUUAUAGGUCACAAUUUUUUAAAACCUAAAUUUCCAAGUCUGGGAUAAUAUUUCCUAAAUGGGAUCAAGUGAAAUAAUAUGUGUAAAAGAGUCAAAUGCAGUCCUUUACCAUAGUAACUGCCUAUGGACGUUCUCUUUCCCUUACAUGCCUGCCUACACUUAACCAGAUGUUGGUUUUCAAUGUCUAAUUUGUCAUUAGUUUCACCACAUUUGCUCACUUUUUGUAAUAUUUUUGCAAGAUUUGAAAACUUUCAGUAAAUGUUUUGGCACUAUUGGUA